GCGACGUUGACCCUGCAGGUUUCGUACCUCCCUCCUCCAGGAGCGGCAGGUUUAUAUCAUCCGCCCCCCCACCCUGAGCAUCUGCCGCACAGCAACCCCGGGGUGGAGAUGGACACCGUCACAAUGAUUUCUCUGGACACUUUGGGGGACGAGGACACGGAGAGCAUGAUAAUGGUGGAUCCUCCGGAGGACCAAGGAGGAGACGACGGGCGCUCCAUGGUCAUCGUGGGUCCUCAGGGGUCGGGCCGCGAGUCGCCUGCCGCUCAGACCCCGAAACGCUCCCCGCCGUCUUAUAACACCCAGGGGGGUCUGAGGAAGAGGAGGAGGGGCAACAGCAGCCACAACAAACCCCUGCCCAACAAACCUCAGGAUCUGCAG